AUGCUUCACGGCGUCGAGGUUACACGUCUCGACGCCAUGGAUCAUGGCGUCGAGGUCACUAUCACUGGCCAGAUCGACCCUAUACACCCCGAGCUUCCUCGCGCCCCCGGCCCAUCCCCGCCGUCCUCGCGUCCUCUCCCAGGCUUCCGCCGCUGCCCCAUCCCCGCCGUCCUCGCGCCCGUCACCGCCGUCGUCGCGUCCCAUCCCCGCCGUUGUCGCGCCCCCGGCCGUCCCGGCCUUCAUCCCCCCGGGACUCCCAUCCGCCGCCGGCGUCCUCGACGUUGGGGGCGCGCUCCGACCUCGCCGCCGCCUUCUACACCUCCAUCAGCUGCGGACGCACAGCGCGCGGGCUCGGUGCUGUACGCACAGCGCGCGGGCUCGGUGCUGUACGUCUCGCUCGGCAGCUUCCUCUCGGUGUCCGCCGCCCAGUUCGACGAGAUCGCCGCUGGCCUGGCCGAGACCAAGGCCAGGUUCUUGUGGGUGCUCCGCGACGCCGACGCGUGCUCCCGCGCGCGAGGCCUGAUCCGCGAUCCCGACGCCGGACGCAUCGUGCCGUGGACGGACCAGCUAAGGGUGCUGUGCCACCGCUCGGUGCUGUACGUCUUCACCCACUACGGCAUGAACUCGGCACUCGAGGCGGUGUACUCGUUGGCCUCAGGGACAUGGCCCGGGCCGACGUCGUCGUCGGUAGAGAGGAGAUCGCCGCGGCCGUGGAGAGGCUGAUGCGUCCUGACACGGCCGAGGCCGAGGCCGAGGACAUGAGGAAGCGAGCGGCGCUGUUGAAGGAUUUUGUGAAGUCUAUAAUUGGUUUCAGCGAGUCGCUGGGAUCAUUGAACAAUUGUUGCUCUUUCCUUUCAAACAAGUGUGGAAGUGUUUCAGUAAUCAUUUCAAUCUGUAAUUCUGAAUGUCUUACAAAACUCUGAAUUUUUUUUGGAGACAAAAUUCCAGGAGGGAGUCAGUGUGAUCUCUGAAUGUUUGCAGAAUCUUCAGUUAGGCGCAACAAUAAACAUGUUGCUUCAUGCAGUUGACUUCAGAAGUAGCAUUUUGUGAAUUUAA